CAUGUUUGGGUUAUUGUCAUUGUCAAAAAUGAUUGAUGAACGAACAGCUGAUAAUUCAGCUAAACUUAAAAUAGUAAAUUCAUAAAAUGUAGUGAUUAUAGGCGUGUAGAGAAAUUUAAGACUCGCUAAAAAAUAACGAACAAAAUUAAUUGUAAUCUUAGAAUUCCAAAAAACAAAAAUUUCACUGAUUGUCUCCUGCUCUCGCAAGUCAAAGUUCAAUUUUUGUUGUUUAUAAUAUGAAACGCUUAAAUAUUUAUUAAAUAGUCUGUUAUCUGCCAUGUCGAUAACAUUGUGAUAAAAGGUUUUACGAUGUAAUUGUAAUUAUUUUAAGUUUUAAUCGCGUUCUUCAGUCGCCGCUAUGUCUUCGCGCAAGAGAGUGUUUGAUUUGCUGAGAACCAUUAACGUGGCUUCUUGCCAAUGCCCUGCCCAUGGAUACCGAGGAAAUAUUCAUGUUUCCAAUUCUACUCCAGUGAAAGAUUAUGCUUUUGAGAUAAAAUGUUCAACGGUGCGUUAUGGAUUAGGUGUAACAAGAGAAGUUGGACAAGAUUUGGUUAACCUGAAUGCCAAAAAUGUCUGUGUCAUGACAGACUCUAAUCUGGUGUCCUUGAAUCCGGUAAAAGCAGUACUGAAUUCACUUACUAAGAAUGGAGUGAACUAUAAAGUUUACGAUAGGGUUAGAGUAGAGCCUACUGAUUCUAGUUUCAAAGACGCAAUAAAGUUCGCGAAGGAGGGAAACUUCGACAGUUUUGUAGCAGUCGGCGGCGGCUCAGUGAUGGACACGUGUAAAGCAGCCAAUCUUUAUUAUUGUGAUCCUGAUGCGGACUUUCUGGAUUACGUCAAUGCACCAGUAGGGAAGGGGAAAUCUAUAUCGCUCCAGUUGAAACCUAUGAUUGCAAUUCCAACAACAAGCGGCACUGGUAGCGAAACAACUGGGGUAUGCAUAUUCGAUUUCGAAGAGAUACACGCGAAGACGGGCAUAUCUCACAACGCGCUACGUCCAUUACUGGCGGUAAUAGACCCUCUUCACACAUUGACUGUGCCCGAGAAGGUGUCAAAUUAUUCUGGUUUUGACAUAUUCUGCCACGCGUUGGAGAGUUUUACCGCAGUGCCUUAUACAGAGCGUGGGUCGGCGCCUGCGAACCCCACGCUGAGGCCCGCGUACCAAGGCAGUAAUCCCAUUUCGGACGUGUGGGCGCGGUUUUGUUUACAGACCUUACAAAAAUACUUUGUCCGGUCGGUGUACAAUGCGGAUGACAUCGAGGCUCGUUCUAGUAUGCACCUCGCCGCGACGAUGGCGGGCGUGGGCAUCGGGAAUGCUGGCGUGCAUCUUUGCCACGGGCUUGCUUACCCCAUCGCUGGAAAUGUUAAGAGCUUUGUUCCAAAAGACUAUGGCACAGAACCGAUAAUACCUCACGGCCUGGCGGUGGUGAUGACUGCUCCGGCUGUGUUCCGUUUCACAGCGCCGAGCGACCCCGACAAGCACCUUGAGGCAGCCAGCCUCCUCGGAGCUGACGUCGCCAACGCCAAGCGAGACGACGCCGGCAAAAUACUCUCCGACACAAUACUUAAAUACAUGGACGCGAUGAAGAUCGAAAACGGACUGAAGGCUUUAGGCUAUACGAGCAGUGAUGUGCCUGAUUUAGUGAAGGGAGCAUUACCACAGGAUCGUUUGCUCAAGCUCACACCGCGUCCUCAAUCUGCUGAUGAUUUAUCAAAAUUACUAGAGGACUCUUUGACUAUAUACUGAAGAAUUGGCACUGGAUAUUUGUACGUAUUGGUGCUGGAUAUAUUUUUUAAUGCUUUACCACCAUGAUAAUAUCUAUCAAUGACAAGUAAUUUUUUUAAUUUAUUUUAUAAGGAAAAGUGUUAUGGCCUGUUUUGAGAAAAUAAAUUUGUUUAAAAAAAA